AGGUAAACAAUAACAAACCGUAGUGUGUCUAAGAUGUUUAGUAGCGAGAAAUUAUUUGGCAAAUAUGGAAAAGGACGUGCAAUUAUUUGGCAGAGUUCUAAUCAAGAUCAGGAACAAUUCAGUUACGAUGAAUUAAUCAAAGCAAGUAAAAUCGUUGAGACGACCAUACGAGAGUGUACCAGGAAUGGCCAAAAUAAUAUUGGAGUUUUACUGAAUCAUUCAGCUGAAAUCGUUCCUGUUAUAAUUGGAAUUUUAGAUGCGUCUGCUACCUUUUGCUGUUUAAACGAGACACAAUCCCCAGAUGAACUCAAGGAAAUGAUCGAUUUAUUUCGAUGUAACAUAGGAAUAGCAGACGAAUCGUUUGUGCUAACACACAAGGAAUAUGAAGCGUUAAAGGAGAUUAACGUUUUCAAUAAAAGUCUGGUGGUCAUAAGGCUCUCAGUAGACAAUCUACCCACUGGUAAUAAUCCACCUCGUAACAUCGUCGAAGGAAACGAUCUUCUUCUGUCGUCGAAGCCAAUGUUCUGCUGUUCAACAUCCGGAACGACUGGAAAACCAAAACUUGUCAACGUUCCUUUCAAGUGUCUGAUGCCAAAUGUGAUGAGCCUGAGCAACCACUACAAAAUCACUCCAUCCGAUGUGAUCUACAUUUCAUCACCACCGACAUUCGAUCCGUUCGUGGUGGAUCUAUGCCUCGGACUAUUCAAUGGCGCAACGAUUCUUAUGGUAUCAAACGAAAUCAGACUCUCAACGAAACUGUUGUUAUCGUCAAUCGAUAUGACUGGCGUUACAAUUAUGCAAAUAACGCCGUCGUUAUUCCGUCGAUUCCCUGUCGAAGCGAUCCAAAGUCUACUGGCAUCAUCCUCAAAUUCGUUGAGAUGCCUAAUUCUAGGUGGGGAAUCAUUUCCGUCCAUGGAAGAGGUUGCGUUGUGGUUUACCGUGAAUGAUGAAAUACAAAUGCACGCAAGGCUGUUCAAUAUUUAUGGCAUCACUGAAGUUUCGUGCUGGUCCACGAUCUACGAGCUUACAUCUGCUGAUAUUGAAUGUAAGAAUUUGAUACCAAUCGGCCUACCACUCGAUCACUACACAACGCUCAAAGUGGUUGACUGUGUGGAUAAAGAAAUUAUCGAGAAUGGCAUCGGUGAACUAUUCAUUGAAUCAAAAGUUCGGAUUUGCGAUGUUUACGAAAAUGGACAACUUAAUAACAUCUCAGGCAGUGUAGCAACCGGAGACUUAGUGGAAAUCAAAUCGGGAACAAUUUACUAUAAAACGCGGGUGAACAACAUGGUCAAAAUAUUCGGACGGAAAGUGAAUCUAACAAAAAUCGAAAACGUUGCAAAGGCUAACUGGCCGGUCAAGGAUGCAUGUUGUGUGUACGACAAAGACACGAAUUCGUUGAAUCUGUUUGUGCAGUGCACAAAAGACCGAACAUAUUCGAAGAGAGAAGUUCUUCAAGGCCUGCGACAGAAAUUAUUGGAACAAGAGGUACCAAACGAAUUACAUUUCACCGACGAAUUUCCACUGUCCUGUCAUGGAAAAGUUUCCAAAUCAAAAUUACUGGAGAUGGUUCGAAAACCGUCCACCGAUUUCCAUCAAAACUAUUUUUUGACCAGACUGGAGGAACAUCUUCCCAACUUUGACGUAAAAAUUACAUUACAAUCAUCGUUUCUUGCUGCUGGAGGUAGUUCAGUCCUAGCCUUACAACUGAUCAAUGAUCUCGAAUCCAAAUUUAAUCUCGUUGACCCGGAGCUAAUAGCCAUGCUUCUGAACACUGACCUCUGUAUGGAACGAAUUUUGCUGAGCCUACACAAUCAUCGUUCAGGCGAUUUGCCUAUAAAAACAGUGAAAAGUGCGUCACAUUCUUUUACAUGGUCUCACGACUUAACGAAGUGCAUCGACGCAACACCAUCAAUUUGUAUUGUUGAUAAUAGAUCGAUUGUAUCCGUCGGAAGUCAUUCGCAUAUCCUUGUGAACGUUGAUCUCCUAUCGGGUGAAUUAUUAUCCAAACUCACUCUACCUGACCGGAUCGAGUGCCAAGUCGUUCAGUUCGAUAAUUUCGGAAUAGUUGGAUGCUACGAUGGAUUUGUUUACUGCUUUGAUAUACGCAGUGGUAUGCAACGAUGGAAAUUUGAUUCCAAAGGAAUGGUCAAAUCCAAGGCAUGCAUUGUUCAAGGUUCGAUUGGAAAGCUUGUUGUGUUCGGAAAUUAUUUAUCUGAGUCUAAUCUCUGGUGUCUUCGUGCUGAUGAUGGGGCAUUGCAAUGGAAUACCAAAAUCGGAAACAAGAGUAUCUAUGCCGGGAUAAUUGAGACGUCGAAUGAGAAAUUAUGUAUUUCAACUCUUGAUGGUGUAUGUGCAGCUAUUGAACCCUUGACUGGAACGUCCGUAUGGGAAAUUGGAUUUAAAUCACCGAUAUUUUCUACUCCAAUAACCUUAGGGAACAAAAUUUACGUGGCUGAAGUAUUGGGAAUGGUUCAUUGUAUAGAUCAGACCAUCGGAAUAAUUCUAGACUCUUUCAAUGCUGGCGGAAAUAUCUAUUCGCCAAUUGAGUCGAUUGAUGAUAACACUAUCUGUUUCGGAUGCUACGACAAAUACGUUUAUGGCAUAUCGUUGGGAGACAGUGGUUCACGGUUCAAUUUACUUUGGAAAGUUGAACUACCCGGGCAAAUAUUUGCAUCACCGAAAAGUUUUAGGUUUCAAUCAGCGGAUAUGCUGGUGGCUUGUUCAACGAAUGGAUGUGUGUGUUUUAUAGACUCGAACAGAGAAAUUACCAAAGAGUUCCACAUUGACGGUGAAAUUUUCUCGACACCGUCAGUGGUGGAUGAUAGAGUUAUUCUUGGCAGUAGGAAUAAUUUUUUGUAUUGUUACGAUUUAAACGACAUUUUAGCGAAGACCUAAAGUUUAAUGUUAAUGAAAAUUGUCG